UUAACCAGACAUUAUUUUGAGGAUUCGAUAGAAAGAGACCAAAGAGAUCGAUGAUGCAGAGCCUUUUAUAUAAGACUCUGGGUUGAUGAGUUGAUGCUAUAUCGCACCUACCGAAAUACCAAAACUGUGCUUUAUCGACCAAUGCAAGAGAGGUUACCCCCCCCCCUCCUCACACAUACACUUUUUUUAAGCCCCCCCCCCCCAAAAAAAAAGAAUAAUUUAAAUGAGAAAGUUGUUAUUAUUACAUCCUUAGGUAUCUAUCCAUUUUCGGCAUAUGAUUAUCUUAAUUUUUUGUUGAUACUGUAAGAGCAAAAUGUGUAACAAUAAGUUACAGAACAUGUUAUUCAACAUUGCUACAACAAGGUCGAGACUGAUUUUAAAAAAAUAUCUACAAGUUCAAUGGAAAAGAGAAAUUUGUAAGACAUCUAUGCUUUACUCGGAAGGGAAUCUGCAAAAUAUUGAAUCAGAAACAGGAAAAAGAAUUCCAAGACGUAUUUUAAAAAGAAUAGAAGCACGGGGAUUAACUGAAGAUGAUGUUAUUCAAGGCAGUCAUCAACCUGUUAAUAAAGGUACCGGUAUUUUAAUGGGAUCCAGUGAUAAUUUGAAAGUGUUAGUUGACGACAUGGUAAAAGAAGGAGUUACUGGUACACAUAAUGAAUCUGAGUUUCCAUCUGACAAGAUUGAUUACACUGAGAUAAAGAAGACUAGAGAUCAGACAAUUACUGCUUUCAGACCAAAGACUAAUCCUCUGGAUACUAGUUUGAUAUUAUUUCCCGGCCAGGGAAGUCAGUUUGUUGGAAUGGGAAAAAAGCUACUGGCUUACAAUGGUGUGAAAGAUUUAUUCGAAAUGGCAAGUGAUGUGUUGGAGUAUGAUCUUUUAGAUAUUUGUUUGAAUGGACCAAAGUCGCAACUGGAUAAAACAGUUGUAUGUCAGCCAGCAGUGUUUGUGACAUCCAUGGCAGCAGUAGAAAAAUUACAUGAAUUACAUCCACAGGUGAUGAAGAAUUGUACAGGGACAGCUGGGUUUAGUGUUGGUGAAUAUUCAUCUCUUGUUUUUAGUGGAAUGUUAACAUUUAGAGAUGCUGUAAGGGUAGUUAAGGUGCGAGCAGAAGCCAUGCAGAGAGCAUCAGAGAUUAUACCAAGUGGAAUGAUGACAGUUUUUGUAGGACACAAUAGUAAACUGAAUUUUGCAAUGCUAGCAGCUAGAGAAUACUGUUCUCAAAAACUACAUAUUCGAGAACCAGUUUGUUGCAUAGCUAAUUAUCUAUAUUCCGAUUGUAAAGUAAUUGCUGGUAAUGAAGAGGCUCUUCAAUUUAUAGAGGACAACAAACAAGAUUUUAAUAUCAAAAGAACCAAACGUCUUCCAGUUAGUGGAGCUUUUCAUACUCAAUUAAUGGAAUCCGCUUGUGAACCUGUGGUUAGGGCAUUGAAAAAUGUUGAAAUCAAAAAACCUUUGUUUCGAGUCCAUAGUAAUGUAACCACCAAACGAUAUCACACGGAUAGUGAGGUUGUUAAGUUACUUAGACAACAGAUCAUCAAACCUGUUAAAUGGGAACAGAUUUUACAUACGUUAUAUUCAAGACCACAAGGAGAACAUUUUCCAAACACAUAUGAAGUUGGUCCAGGCAAACAGAUGGGAACUCUUCUUAAAAUUGUGAACUCAAAAGCACAUCAAAGUUAUACAAAUAUUGAUGUGUGAUUGUUGUGUGAUUGAAACAAAUUGUGGUUAUUAAAGGUUGAGAAGUGGCACAUAGUUUACAAGAAGUCUAAUAAUAAACUGAUAGUAAUUUAUGUAACUGAUGAUAAACAAAUGUACCUAUAGGUUUGUAAUAAAAUAUAUAACAAAU